CUAAGGGACAUCUGAUCCUUUUCGACAUCUAAGAUCGAAGGCAUGGAUGAACAUAGUGAAGAAAAUGAUUUCUCAUCUGUUUAUAGCACUCCAGAUUCAUAUGAAUCGGAGCUUGAAGCUGUUUUUGAUGAGAUUCGCAUUGAAAAACAGUUGUCAAUGGUGCGAGAGAAGCUUGAGGCGUAUUAUACUAAUGUCCCUGUUGCUAAUACAGCCCCCCUUGCUAGUACAGAGGAUGUGGAUGUUGAGGAUGUGGAGGAUGAUGAUGACACAGAUUCUGACUCCUACAUUUACGAAGAAGGGGAUGAUGUUCUAUGGGAGUUGUUAUUCUCGGAUCCAAAGAUGCGCCACAAGGACUUCUAGGGGAGUAUUCCUCUCUUUCUUAUGUGCGUAGAAUAUUUUUAUUAAGUGCCUCCUUUGCAUUACUCUAUAGUUCAGAUUAUAUGGGAAACUAAUGAUGAUAGUUUGCACUCGAAUGUGAUGCGUGGACUAUGUGCUUGGUGUUUGUAACCUUUAUGGUCAUUUAG